AUGAGGCACCUACGCGACCUUGUUGCCGUCAUCGCCCUCUAUCUCAACCACUCAACACCGGCAAACAACAAAAAUGACGAAAACGAUGACACUCUUGCCCUUCUGCAACCCGACCUUGACGCUUUUAGCGCCCAGCUUCCAAAUAUCGUACCCGCCAUACGCCAGAAGCUCGCCGAGGAUAUCGCGAACCUUCGAACCCUUGCCAGUAAAGCAGGCAACAAUCACCAAUCUCGCAUUCCACAACAGACUCGCAACGCCAGCACUGUUGCUGACAGUCGUCUGCGCCCCCUCUCACUCAAACCUGCUUCAUCUGCGGUGCUCCUCAGCCAGGCGUCGCUAUCCUCGCAGAUAGCGAGUCGUUUGCGCAACCUCCGGACGACACAAAUGGUAGAGCUGCUGGCAGCUCAGAGGCAGAUGACAGUCACUGCGGCAGAAGUUCUUUCGGCGCAUACGAUGGUAAUGGAGCGUAUGGUGCAGGUUCUAGAAAGGACGAAGCAUGGAUCGCUGGCGAGGGCGGGGAGAGCUCGAGCCGAAUAUUUGGCGGCUGUCGCGGAAGGUCUAGAUGGGAAGGUUAAGCUCAUUCAACGAGAUAUCCUCACAACCAUCUACACACCUGAAACCAUUGAAGCACUGCAGAAUUAUCGGAGACAUCUGCACGAUACGCGUGUCCAUCUAAGAGAACGCGAGAGGAAUGCCCUGAAGCAACUAGAAGCUUAUGAAGCCGCCGAUUCUUCUGCACCUCGAGCCGGAACUAUGGCAGACAUAGCCAGGCGGUACGCGGCGCUGGCAAAGGAGGUUGAAAACGUGAAGAUGGAGAUUAAGAGAAUUGGUGGGGACGAAUGA